CUGAAGCAGAGCUUUCAACAAUGGAUCCCAAAGUUGAUAGUAAAGAAGAAGAAGAUCAGUAUGGGGUUCUUCUAUACUACAAGUACGCCCAAAUUCCGGACCUUGACGAGCUCUUCAGCUUCUACGACUCAAACUGCAAGUCCCUCUCACUCCUCGGCCGCGUUCGUCUCUCUCCUCUCGGCGUCAACGUCACUGUCGGUGGGACGUUGAGUGCAUUGAAGAAGCACAUUGCUGCGGUUGAGUCGAAUGGUUUGUUUGAAGGAACUGACUUCAAGCUUGCAGCUUGUGGCCGCCCAUCCAAUGAUAAGGUUGCUGAGGAAUGUGGCUUCACUUGUCUCUCAAUCCGCAUUGUUAAGGAAUUGGUUACUCUCAGCUGUAAUCCUCUGAUAAAAUCGCCAGAGAUUUCACAUGCUGGAAAGCAUCUCUCCGCAGCUGAGUUUCAUUCCGUUUUACAGAAAGCUGGACAAUUACACAAAGAGAGCAAAGAAAACGAUAGAGAACUUGUUCUAUUGGAUGCAAGGAAUCUAUAUGAAACGAGAAUUGGGAAGUUCCACACACCAAAUGUGGAGACUUUGGACCCGUGCAUUAGGCAGUAUAGUGAUCUUCCCUCAUGGAUAGAUGAUAACUGUGAUCAAUUGCAAGGAAAAUCAGUUCUAAUGUAUUGCACUGGAGGAAUCAGGUGUGAAAUGGCAUCAGCCUAUAUUAGGUCAAAAGGUGCUGGGUUUGAAAAUGUGUUUCAGUUAUAUGGUGGAAUACAGCGUUAUUUGGAACAGUUUCCAGAUGGUGGUUUCUUCCAAGGGAAGAACUUUGUUUUUGAUCAUCGGAUCUCAGUCAGCAGUUCAGAUGCAAAUAUUUUGGGUGCAUGUCUUCUCUGUGCCACCUCUUAUGAUGACUAUUCGUCGCGCCUUCGUUGCAAUUACUGUAGAAUGCUUGUAUUAGUUUGUGAUAGUUGCCAGCAGAGGAAGGGAUCUGUAUUUACUUGUGAGCUUUGCCACAAUCAUCACAAGGGUGUUGGGUUGACUUCUUCUAUUGUAAACGACGAAAUCAGUUCACUACCAUCAGCUGACACUGCCUCUUCCGAUACUAAGCUCUCAUGCCAGGUGCCUUGCAGACAGGCUACUGGUUCUCCAAGAAAAUUGAGAAUCUUGUGCUUACAUGGAUUUCGUCAAAAUGCUUCCAGUUUCAAAGGAAGAGCAGCCUCAUUAGCAAAGAAACUCAAAAGCAUUGCUGAGCUCGUGUUUGUGGAUGCACCUCAUGAAUUAGCAUUCAUAUACCAACUACCCUCAGAUCUCAGAGAGUUGCCUCACAGUUGUACCUCUCCACCAACACCACAACAAGGCACUAAUCUUCCACCACCCUCGGAGCACUGCAAGAAAAAAUACGCAUGGCUUGUAGCACCUGGUUUCCGAGAAAAGACUGGUAACAGUAACUGGGAAAUGGUAGAUGGUCCGUUCGAACCUCUGCAGUACCAGCAGCAAACUGCAGGUUUUGAUGAAUCAUUGGCAUACAUCAAAACCGUGUUUGCUCAGGAAGGCCCGUUUGACGGAUUGCUGGGAUUUUCACAGGGAGCAGCAAUGGCAGCUGCGGUCGCUUUCACACAGCAAACACAAACUACACCAUCAAAAACCGUGGAAAUGCAGUUCAGAUUUGUCAUUCUGUGCUCUGGCUUCGGUAUCAAGUUACUAAAACAACAGUUUGAUGAGGAGAGAAUGACCAAGAAAUGCCACUGCCCUUCCCUCCACAUAUUCGGCAAGGACCAUGGCAAAGACCGACAGAUUGCCAAGCAAGAAAGCCGAGAGCUCGCCUCCUUAUUCGACGAGGGCUGCUCGAUCGUCAUCGAACACGACUCCGGCCACAUCAUCCCUACCCGUCCUCCCUACAUUGAUGACAUCAAGGACUUCCUCUCACGCUUCCUCUAAACCCCUCAAGUCCCCCAAACCCUAGUCACCCUUUAAGUUUUUUUUUGAAUCGCUUCACGUUAUCCCAAAGGCUUCCUAGGCCCAAGGACUAAUCCGUCGAGGGAGGUCUUCUUAAGGGCACUGCAGCCCCUCCCUAACCACUUUUAAUAGUUUCGCGAAUCGAACCUAGGUGGGGGAGCAUGCUCAACUGGGCAAGAUCCACUGCACUACCCUGGUUAGUCACCCUUUAAGUUUGGUAGCCUUAUCUGUAACGCUCUUGUUUCCUUGUGCCAACCUUUUUAAUGAAUUUGGUUACUUUCACCCAAAAGUAAACAAAGAGAAAAGCAACGCA